AUGCUGGGUUCUUUGGGGCCUUUCUACGAGCUCAGCCGUCGAAAUGAUUCCGAAGGAUGGCCGUCUUAUAGCAAUCCUCGAAGAACGUUCGCCACGGUCACGGGAUUCUGGGGCAGCAAGCCCAGCACGCUUGAGCCCGGGGAGCUGGGCGAGAGUUUCAUCUCCGGUGUGCCGCACUUCACCGAUUUGCACGUCGAGGCAUGUGGAAGUGUCCUCAAUGGAGAUGUAGACGAAUCCGAAAUCACAGAAUUCGAGUCGACACUGUCUUUUAAGACAGGGAUACUCACAUGGUCAUAUGUCUGGAGUCCUCCAAAGUGUGCAGAUGGUCGAACGUUACUGGUGUCUUACGAAUCUUUGGCGUCGCUGGCCGAACGACGUCUGGCAGCUGUGAAACUGGUCGUCUCCAGCGAGCAGGGCCUCGACGACGUACACAUUCUUGAUAUACUGGACAACCAGUCAGCUUUGCGCACGACAACCGUCAAGACGCAAGUGGAUCGAGGCAGAAAUCAGAUCGUCUCCGCUGUCUCACCAGAUGGAGUUGACCAUGCCAUGGCGUAUGUGCUGUCGUCGACGCUUGGGGACGACUUAUUACGCCUUGAAGACGAGGACGAAUACUCCAGCGACUUUGUUCCCGCCUUCAAUGACCAAGCAAACUUGGGUUCAGCCAAUUCAUCUAAUACCGAGUCCGAGUCCGUCUCCUCGACCCAGGGGUAUCGGUUCCAAUCUGGUUUACAGUCCGCAACGGUCUACAAGUACGCAGGUAUUGCCUCAUCAGAGCAUUAUGGGUCGGACACGGAGACAGUGGUCUCGGACGUUGUCUCAUCCGCUAUAAACCGCGGAUAUAGUGUGCUACGCGAGGAGCACAGCGCUGAAGUGGGCAGGCUCAUGAGUGCAGACUUCGUGGCUGAUUUCAGAGAUCCGGUGACAGGAUCGCUCCCAACAGGCGACGACGUAGUGAAAGCUUUGCAGAUCACAGCCAUCUCCUCCGCUUACUACCUUUACACGAGCCUCAUCCCAUGGAGUCCGACGCGUGAUGAGGACCCGAGCACUUGCAUCGCGUGCAACUCUCUUGCCGUGGGCGGCCUGGUCUCCCAAACUUACGGAGGCAAGAUUUUCUGGGACGCUGAUCUCUUCGUGGCUCCCGCCAUCCAGGGAGUGCACCCCAAGUUGGCGAGACAGUUCUCGCUGUAUCGUAUCAACCGGGCGGAGCAGUCUCGCAAGAACACCGAAAGGCACGAGCUGAAAGCGGGAAGCAUGCUUUAUGCGUGGACAAGCGGUCGACAUGGACAAUGCUACAACAUGUCCGCACCCUGCAUCAUGUACCAGUAUCACCUCAACGCCGACAUUGCGUUGAGUAUGGUCAUGGGCCGGAACACUAGCGGCGACAGUAACUGGUUUGACCAGCACGGGGCGGUGGACGUGAUCGAUGGCGUGGCUUUGGGCCUGAGCGAUGCUCGCGUUCUAACACGAAGAGAGGAUACUGGUCGCUGGGGCAUCGACGUGAUGGCAGAUGCUGACGAAUACUACAUGUGGAUCGCAGACGGUUCAUUUACUGGGACUGCAGUCAGUACUCUUCUGGAACUCGCCUCAGAGGCUCGCCAUAAACGAGGCGUCCCACUCGAGCCAGACUGGCUUGACCAGCUCGAGCACGUUUCCAUGCCCACUUCGGACGACGACGUCGUUCUCGAAUUCCGGGGCAUGACGAACGAUGUCUUCCCCAAGCAGGCAGACGUAAUCCUGUCCCACUAUCCAUACGACUACAAGCGGAACUUCUCACUUGCCAAGUACCGAGCCGCGAUGGACUUCUACGCGGACGACGAGCCAGGCAUCCCGGACCCGCUGACGGGGAACGCCAUCAACCCGGCGUUCCCGUUCCUCACCGGCCACGGCGGCCUCCUGCAGACAUUCACCGCGGGCUUCCUCGGCCUGCGCGUCACGCACCGGAACCUGCUCAUCAACCCGUCCCUCCCUCCCCAGCUCCGCGACUUCAAGCCGCCCGUCCAGUUCUACAACGGCGCCGUCGUCAGCUUCCGCAUGAACCGCACGCAUACCUCGAUCACGCGGCGCGAUGCGUCCCACUUCGACGGCCUGGUGCCGGACCAGUACGGCAAGGAGGACAUGCCCGUUUCCAUCGGGCGAGACGUGGACGACCCCGACGCGCGGACGGUAUUCUUGCGCGUCAAUGACACUGCAGUGGUAGAGAACAGGUUGUACGAUACGGAGGUCCACGUGCCGGGCAACAUCCUGCAGUGUCACGCCGCAAGCUCGGCGCAUGGCGAGCUGGCGUUUGCAGCCACGGAUGGGUACGGAGGCACCUUCUGGCAGCCCGGUGAGAGUGAUGUUACAGCCGCUCUUGUAGUGGACAUUGGAUCCUCGCAGGCUCCGCGGCCGCUGGGGGCCAUUCAGCUGGACUUUGCUAUGCGACCGCCAAGACAUGUCAAGGUUUCGGUUUCCAAUAGCUCGGAUUUCGAGCCUGCCGUUGUACUUGCGGACGAGGAUAUCGGCAUCACGAAGCCAUGGAUCCCGGACUCGCCUGUGGUGAGAUAUGUUGGCAACAUUACCACCAUCCAGCUCACCGACGCAGUAUGGAGUGGUGCGUUUGCGAAACUCGAGGUCACAGGACGCUGGACAGAUGAUGGUGAUGGGGCAACGGUUGCUGAGUUUGCGCUCGUGUCCGCAGAUUCUCAUGAAUCAUGA